UCAAGCUAGGCCAUGACCAUGAGCUUCAAGGUGGCGAAAGCUUCCGAAUACCUCGUCAUCACCGGGGCGCGGAUUCCCGACAUCAGGCUAGCCAGGAAGGCGUGGGUGUGGCCUGGCCAGCGCUGCACCCGUAUCAGCAUCUCGCCCGUCAAUUACUCGGUCCAGGUCCAUGCAAUGAGCUCCGACAAGCUUGCAUUCCUCCUAUCCGCCGUGUUCACGAUCGGGCCCCGUAACGACAUGGCCUCCCUCCUCAAGUACAUCAAGCUCAUGCCAUCAUCGUCUUCCACAAAGAUAUUCAAGGCCCACAUUGCUGAGCUCGUCAACGGCAUCAUACAAGGUGAGGCCCGCGUGCUAGCGGCAUCGAUGACCAUCGAGGAGAUAGUCAAGGGUACCAAACAGUUCAAACACGAGGUGUUUGAUAAAAUCCAAUCAGAACUCAACCAUUUCGGGCUAUUCGUGUACAAUGCCAAUGUCAAGGAGCUCGUCGACACCAACGGGAGAGCCUACUUCUACAAUCUAACACAAAAAAUCCAGGGCGAGGCCGCCUGCAAAGCGAGACUUGAUGCCAAUGAGGUGGACACAAUGGGCAAAAUGGAAAUGAAAUGUAGAGAAGCGAAGGUCAUUCAAAACGCAGCCCGGUGUGAUACAGAGACGUCGAUCUUCGUGGCCCAUCGGGUUGCCGAGGGGAAGAAGGAGGAGAAGAGGGUGAAGACGGAGGCAAAGGUGUUCGAGAACAGGCUCGAAGGAGAUCUUGCCGACUCGGUGGCCGAUCUCGACGGCCGCAAGGCUGUCGCGAUUGGGCGGGCCAAGAAGGCCCAGAUGGAGACCCAGAAGGCCAACGCAAUCCGUGAGGCUAAGCUGCAGCUCGAGCUCGAGAAGAAGGCGGCACUCGUCAGUAUGGAGAAGCUCCGAGCCGAUCUACUGAACAAGGCAACAGUCGAAUUCGAGGCGAAGAUUCAAGAAACGAAUUCCAAGUUCUUCCAACAACAGAAGUACACCGACGCACUCUUCUACGCAGAGCAGAAGGAUGCUGAGGUGAAGAAAAUACUCGCUGAUGUGGAAUUCCAUGUCAAGCAGCGGGCGGCCGAUGCCAACCUGUACGCCAAGAAGCGUGAAGCUGAGGCAUUGAUCAUAAUGUCCGACGCACAUUCAUAUCAUGUACGAUCGAUGUUGAACGCGCUGGGCGGGAAUUACAGCUCGUUGCGGGAUUAUAUGAUGAUAAACAAUGGCAUGUACAAGGAGAUUGCGAAGAUCAAUGCCGAGUCGAUGAAGGGACUCAAGCCAAAGAUCUACAUCUUAGGGGACGGUAAAUCAGAGAUUUGUGGUGGUGGGCCAGGGCCUGUGGGCCCAGCUGGUUAUGCCCACAAGGCGUCGAGCAUUUACAAAAUGCCGCCGCCGCUGAUGGAAUAUGUCCAAGACCAGACGGCGAUGACGCUGCCAAUGUCGGCCCGACAUCCGGCGGCUGCAGGAAGCAAUGGUGAAGCUGAGCAGGAUGUGAAGUGUCCUGUGGGCCCUUGA